AAUGUAGUAAUAAAUGUGCCGAAAAAUGUGAUGUUAUUGUGUGAAAUGGGUGCUAUGAAAGUUCUUCAGGAAGGGUGCGUAAUGUACAGUGUGCUGUACCUGUAUCUAAAGUGGAGUCCAUGCUUGGUAUACAUUCUACUCCCCAUAUACAUGUAGCCACAUUAUCCAACUUAGUAUAAUUGUAAACCUCAAAUCUGCAGUAUCCUAACAUUCCGCAUGGAGACGCGACACGGUUCACUUCCCAGCAAAUAACGUUGAAUAGGCCCCGGACGUCCGCUUUGAGUGAGCCUAUCUAUGGAACCAGUCACUAGCAAUGGGAAAUAGAAUUCCUCUUUUGCUGUUCGUUCUCAGCAUAUUUUGUGUCACCGGGAAGGCGAAUUCACUCCCUCGAGCGUCCGUGCGGUAUGGCCCGACGGAAAACACUGGCACGACCCCUCACUUACAGGAGAUCUUUCUCGGGAGGUGUUGGGGGUUCCAACAACUAUGGGACGUUUCACCGGAGGUAGAUUGUACCGAUCUAUGGGAGAAGUUCUUCGGCGCCUUCUCUUACCGCGAACCCUGUGACCAGACGGCCUCUUCUUAUGACCCAUUCUUCCAGGCUGCUACACUUGAGACACCUAUGAAUAGGACCUUGUUCUGGUCCGGCACGAACGCACUCGCACACCUGUACUCGGACGAGGGCCGCCGGUACAGCACUCUGGAGGACACCCUGCCCGGCCACGUGCUGAACGGGCUCCGGUGGUGCGGGUCGGCCCGUGCUCCGGGGUACAACGGCACUGUCUGUCCACAAUGUCAGAACCGGCCGUUCUGGCCAGAAGCCUCCAAAUUCUUCGCCCAGAGAGCGCGAGGUGACGUUUUCUUGGUGUUGAACGGGACCAGGAGAGACGCCUCCGGGAAUCCAGAGGACGCCUUCAAGGCCACAAGUAUCUUUGCCCGGUCUGAGUUACCGUCCCUGAACAAAGCUGCAGUCUCUACAAUCCACGUCUGGGUGAUGCACGAUCUGGGCGUAAAUCAACCGUACAGUGAAUCGUGUGGAAAAGGCUCCUUGAGGCAGCUGGAUCAGAUCUUGUCCCAUGACGGCUUCCGCAUGAUCUGUCAAGAUGAUCCGCCGUUUCUGAGGCACCAGCAGUGCGUAGACGCUCCCAACAGUCCAGUGUGUGUGUGGUCAUCUGCUACCAGCAAGGCUCCCAAACAGACCAUCUAUAACAACGUUCUCUUUCUGAUCCUUUUAUCAAUCGUUUUGUACUUGUGAUGUACCUUUUUAUUUGUAAAAAUAAUGUCCAUUUCUAGGCCUACGGCAUACCGUACUGGAGCACCAAAAUUUACGUUUAAACGCUCUUCAAAUUCUUCUAUAUACGUAUUUUGUAAUCACCACCGCUAGUGAUACCACGGCCACAGCCAGUCUGAUCUAUUGUACACUUGUCUAGGUCGGGUACUAUGCAGCACAGCGCCACAGGCCUUUGCCUUUAAAGUUUAUUCUAGCACAGCAAGUUUUUCAAUGACUAUUAAAUGAUUAUGAGUUUAGUAUUAGUUCAAUGUAUUACGUGAAAAAACUACCAAAGAAAUGCCAACAUCAUCCAGAAUUGUAUAUAACAAAACACACUGUGUGUGAGUAUGCUUCAAUGGAUUAUUACUUGUUGCUACUAUAUCUUUAGAUGUGCGUAUUGCUCUAUUGAUGUAUUUUAUCCAAGAGACCACUGCAUCUAAUAAAAAAGUACUUGAAAUAAAAUGAUUUUUACUUUA